UCGUGAGAGUUGGCAGACUGGGCAGAGAGUUGGCAACGUGUGAGAAGAGGUGACCCUUGGAGAACCACAACAAUCGGGUAGGGCAGUAAUAAAGUGCAUGUAAGUGAGCUGAGUGCACGUGACAGAUAAGAUCAAAGUCUGUACGCAGAGUGCGUCCGUGUCUUAAAACUUCCUAUAGGGGAGGCGCAGCGUCUCUCAUCGCCCGACCGCCGUCUCGAUGAUUUACCCUCAAACCACUUAAACAUGCGAUUAUCUUUUAGUUUUAAGUUGAGUGAUACGUAAAGUUUGCGCUGAGACUCGGAGGAAGAUUUGUGCGUUUUUGUCCCGUCCUUGACGGACGCCCGACAGCUGCAGGAGCUCCUCCGUCGUCCCUCCAAAAACACAGACGGUGGUUCAUCGUGCAGAGUUGUUGACCCCGGUGUGAAGACAUCUGUGGAGGUUGUCCUUUUUAAGUGUCAUCAGUCCGCAGUGCACAGAGAGGCUACCUGCGCCCUGUAUGAAGAUGAACAUUGUGCCGGAGCUCGAUGGAUUAUUCCACCAGAAUGACACCUAUGACUACCAGGACUAUGAGUACCCAGAAGACUUUGAGCAAAGUGCCAGUGAAGCAGUGUUGACCCCGCUUCUGUACUCUGCGGAGCUGGUCAUAGGUCUGCUGGGGAAUGGACUACUCCUGGCCGUUCUGGCUCAGAGGAGGCGAUCCUGGAGGAUGUCAGACACCUUCAUCCUCCACCUGAGUGUCGCGGACAUCCUGCUCCUGCUCACGCUGCCCUUCUGGGCUGCACAGGCCGCUCAGCAAGGUGGAUGGUGCUUUGGCGUGGUCUUCUGCAAGAUCUGUGUGGCUGUUUUUAAUAUCAACUUCUACUGUGGGAUCUUUCUGCUGGUUUGCAUAAGCGUAGAUUGCUACCUGUCCAUCGUCCACGCCACUCGGCUGUACUCCUAUGAUAACCCCAGGUUAGCUCAUAUCAGCUGCCUGUCGGUCUGGAUCGUCUCCUUGAUCCUCACACUGCCGUGGUGUAUUUUCCUGGUGGAGAUGAAAGAAACGACACAGGAGAGAACACUGUGUGAUCGCAGCUACUCUGAGCCAGUAACUCAUGGGAAGCUGGCCGCACGCUUGCUCCACCACACGCUGGGCUUCCUGCUGCCUGCAGGCGCCCUGAUCAUCGUCUGCUCUUGUAUCCUGCUGCGGCUGCAGCGCAGCUAUAAAGGCGUCCAGAAGCAGAAGGCCGUCAUGGUCAUCCUGCCCCUGGUAGUUGUCUUCCUACUAUGCUGGGUGCCAUACAACUUCGCACUCAUUGUGGACACCUUCAGGAGCAGGUCCAAAGAACCUGGUGAUGUUUCAUCUGGUAAUCAUGAGCACUCCAUGGAGAGAGCGCUGAUGGUCACAUCUGGGCUUGGCUGCCUGCACGCCUGCCUCAGGCCCCUGCUCUAUCUCGGCCUGUGUGGAAACUUCAGGAAUCGGACGCUGGCCAUGUUGAAACGAGCUACAGUUGAAUCAGAGGGCUCGCUAUGGGAGCUGGGUGUGGGCGAAGCGACUGUGCCUGACCAGAAGCAUGCGGGGGAAGAGAUGAAACAGAUGACAGCUGUAGAUCAAGCGCCGUCACCUCAGUGCUGAUCGGUGGACAGAAAUGCCGUCCUGUGACUCAUAAGUGACCUGAAUAAUGCUCCACCCCUGCUGCUGGGGAAUUUAGUGUGAAAUCAUGUCAUGGGUUCAAGGGAAGAUGACAUAAUGUUGAGAAACAGAUAUUUAUAAAAAUGAGUCUUUCACAUUGCACUUUAAUGUGAAGGUUUCCGAGCCAAGUCAUGAUGACGUACACAUAGUGUUGUACUUUUAUUUGUAAUCGCUGUAGCUUGUCACGCUCAAUCAUUAGUUCUUAAUUCAAUUGUAGAUAUCUGUAUUUUUAUUGUGUAUUAUUAUUGUUAUUGUUAUUGUUAUUAUUGAAAGCAAACUAUUUUUACAUUAUUUUAUUUUUUAGUGAGAGAAUUGUGUGUGUGAACAUGUGAACAGUUUUAAACUGCUGCACAAUCAUCAUAAAGCUAAUGUCAUAAUGGUUGGAACUGUUGGGAAUAUAAGCUCUUGUCGAAACAGUAUAUUUACAGUAUAAUAAUAUCCUAUAAUUGUGAUCUGCCAUUAAAAAGCCAGACAGAGUUCAUAACUUCACUGCUGAUAACACAAACUGUUUCACUUUCCAUGUUACCCUGUUAUCUUCAGGCAGUAAAGACUGUGUGGAUUCCACGAUUGUGCAGUGUGUGUGUGUGUGUGUGUGUGUGUGUGUGUGUGUGUGUGAGAAAGCAGUGAGGGAAUUUCCCUUCGGCAAAUCCCACAGCCUUAAUUAUUUCUUUUACUUCAUUGUUGCGACAUGGGUGUGUGGACUGCAGGACGCAGGAUGACACAAACAGGUGGUGAUGUCACCAGUCAGGUGACAGAGAGCGAGGCAGAUGAGUGGGGGGAGGAGGAGGAGGAGGAAAAAACAGCUCUCUGUUGCUGCAGCGGCCUUUUCACAGCUCUCUGUUUACUCUCAUCAGAAGACUUGUCUGUUUGGUGGAGAGAACAGUGGUGUGCUUUGUGCAUGAGGGCAGUUGACUGGAAAAAAGUGUAGGUGUCAGAGGAAAGCAAGACAUUCAAAGAGAUAAAAUCUUAUUUAUAAUAAGAGAUCACAAUGCAUGUUGUGCCGAGCACUACACUUGUGGUUUUUCUAUCUUUUUGCUGUGCAGGUUACAACCUGCCAGGCACGAUUUGUUUCCGCAUUCAAGGCAAGAUAACGAUAUUGACUCAUAAGCAUGUGACAGGAAAUUAAAUGUACUUUCAUUAUUGAGUGUUGGUUUAGAUACACGUAGAUACAAACUCCCUUCUCCCAGGCCACUCAUUUCUGUUCCUCUUUCUGUUUCAAAGGAAUAGUGUUCAAGUUCAUCUGGAGUUGAAGUCUCAUGAUAAUGUGGUCUUGAGAAAUGCUGGUUGGCUGUGACAGCAGCAGCACGUCAAGUUGAUAGCAUUACUGCUUAUAAUUAGUGAUGAGUGUUGCAUCAGACUGAAAUGGUAUUUCCUGUGUCAGCAAGAGCAGUGGUUCCCAAGCUUCUACUUUAAGGGACCCCUUUUCUAUCAUUGAGUAAAGUGAUCACCCCUGUAGUUUAAUAUUUGAUGUUAUUUUCAAUGCAAAACAACUGACAAACUGUAUAAUAAACCCAAAUAGUGAGCACAAUA